GUGCCUGUGAUGUGGUUCCAGUUGACGUUGGCAGACGGCGCAGCUCCGUACCUCUCACCGCUGUUCCUGUUGUAGGAGUGUCCGCCGCGAUUAAACCUAUUUCUGCGUCUGUUUGUAUAAUAUAUCUUCUCAAACUAUAAUAUAUGAAAAAGAUUUAAGUUACUGUUGAUUCUGUCAGACGUGUACGCGAUUUAACGGUGUAUUGGCUCGGUUUUAGCUUUGUUUUGGAGGCCUGUUGCGAGCUAAGAGAGAUCCUCGGGCUCGCUUUUGGAUAACGCUGGGCCGAGAUAACACUGACACCGGGAAUGGAGCUUCUGGACUUGGAUAAUCAAUAAGGUUAUACGAUUAUCACCCAAAUCACUAAACCUUACUCCCAAUACACCCUCAUCUUUCUGACACGCCAUUAAAUUAGUCUAUAUCACCAAUGCUAACGUGUUGACAAGCUAACUCUAAGCUCGUACAGAAGUUGGAAGUCUGAGGAUUUGCAUACUGGAUAUUGCUCUCGGCUUCUCCGUUUUGAGCUUGUGGGGACUUGUGAACCGUUUCUGCCGAUGUCUGAAGGUCGCAUGUCGCAAAGUUACGCCAAAAGCUCUCCAGAUGACACCUUUUGAAUAUGUGACGCUACCUGGACUCCUAGCUGCCUCUGCACUCCAACAUUGCUAAUCUACCAAUCCCCUACUACAUUCAUUAUAUCCCUGUCUCUUCAAAUGUCCACUAUGAAUCGUUACCUCCCUGUGGCCAGACAGCACUUCCUGGCAGCGUUAGCCAGCACUAGUGUCGUUGUGAAGUCCAUAAGUGCUGUGGUAGUCUUGCUCUAUCUCCUAUCAUUUGCGGUGGACACUUCUUAUGCCUUAGGAAUCACGCCUGGAUAUCUUUUUCCACCUAAUUUCUGGGUUUGGACUUUGGUAACACAUGGCGUGGUGGAGCAGCACAUUUGGGGCAUGGUUGCUAACGUGGGGACAGUGAUGACUUGCGGACGCCUCUUGGAACCACUGUGGGGUGCUCUGGAGUUGCUGAUUUUCUUCGCGGUGGUAAACGUUGCCGCCGGUCUACUUGCGGGGCUGUCCUACCUUCUUACGUAUGUGGCGACCUUUGACCUGGACUUCCUGUUUGCGGUGAGGGUCCACGGAGCAACUGGGUUUUUGGGAGGAGUGCUGGUGGCAUUGAAGCAGACGAUGGGAGACACAACGGUUCUAAGAGUGCCACAGGUGCGACUAAAGGCAGCACCAGCCCUGGUUCUCCUUCUCCUGUCUUUGCUGCGUCUCUCUGGGCUUCUGGACACCGCUGCCCCUCUGGCAGCCUACACAUACGGCGCUUUGUCUGGCUGGGUUUACCUGCGCUUCUACCAGAGACACAGCAGGGGCCGGGGGGACAUGUCAGACCACUUUGCCUUUGCCAGCUUCUUUCCUGAGGCGCUGCAGCCAGUUGUGGGUUUCCUGGCAGGUCUGGUGCACGCGGCACUGGUCAAGAUCAAAGUGUGCCGGAAGAUGGUGAAGAGAUAUGAUGUGGGGGCACCAUCCUCGAUAACAAUCAGUCUGCCUGGAACUGACCCCCAGGAUGCAGAGAGACGGAGACAACUCGCCCUGAAAGCAUUGAACGAACGUCUGAAGCGCGUGGAGGACCAGUCCGCGUGGCCCAGUAUGGAUGACGAGGAGGAUGAUGAUGAAGACGAACUCAGAACGCACUCACAGCCUCUACUUCCUGUUUCUUCUUCGUCCUCUGCACCAAUCACAGCCUCUGGCACACCCCACGGCAGCACAGUGCCAUCUACAGCUCCAGAGUCCAGCAUCAUCAGCUUUGAGGAUGCACCUUCCAGAUCGUAAUACAAAAUUAGCAAAAAACUGUGGCGAGAAAGUAGAGAAGGAGAGGAGCGCUGAGGAGAAGGAGAGGAGCGCUGUACAGUUGAGAAGUUGAUGUUGACUCUUUAAGCACCACAUUUUCUUCUUGUAAAAGCUGAUUUUUCUGUCUUGGACUUUCUUGCAGAGCUCUGUUCACUGCUUCUAUGUAUGUUUCUCUUCGACUUUCUAAUAAAGAAGGAAAUG